AUGCAUGCAUUACCGCGUCUCCAGUCGCUAGAGCAAAAUGGUCUGCUGCAUGCCAUGAAUGCUUUGCGAAAUACGCUGGCUGAUGGUCGUCUUGGUGGUGGUGGUAGUAGUGCAGAAGCGAAGCGCAAAGCUCCGCUCAGUGGCAAGCUGUCGGUUCAACGGUCCGCCGUAUUCGCGCUGCUAGCUGAGCUAGCAGAUGAUAACGCUGAAUUUUUUAAAAACUCUGCAAACUGCGCUGUGCAUGCAGCUCGCCUGGAAGAAUGCUGCCGAAAUGUAUCCCUCCUCACUCCCUCCUUGAAAGGCCUUGUGAUACGUCUGCAGGAUAUGGCUCCACGUUACGAUUAUGACAAGCUUACGCCCGGAAAUGGAUUUCGAUCGUUGGUUUGUGUAUGCGACACGGUUCUGCUCCAUCUCAUCUCCGUGUUGCGCUCAUGCAUCGAGCAUCGACAGACGAUGAUGUUUCGCGCAUCCUACUACUCUAAAGAACUUGAGAGCUAUCGUGCUGUCCUGAACUUCCUCAUCCCGGCCCUGCACAUUGUGAUCGACGGAGCCAAAUAUGCUCCAGAUAACUGUCUGUUUCCUGAUCUCAGUGGCGAUUAUAGUAAGUAUGAAGCAAUACUGGAUGGUAUAGAAGUGCUCGAUCCGUCUUGUUUUUUCGGGCGACCGUUGGGCUUUCAGUUUCCACCAUCAGUCGGACGCAUAUUUCGAUUCAUCGGUAUCAUACUCGCCACCUAUAGCUUAUCCUGGGAGAAAGGACGCACAACACUUGGAUCUCUUUUGAACUCACCACGCUUCAUAUUAAGCCCGGAGCAAAGAGCUACGCGAAUCGUUAAGGUUACUCGUGAAGCUGAUAUCGAAUUUUGUAGAGGCUUCUGGAAUUUAUCGGAAUUUGGCAAUGCAAGUGUUUUUUUCUAUUGCGUGUUAUUUUUGAAUCCAGAGUUUGAUUUUUUUUUCUUGGUUCCACGAAUUUUUUGUCCAAACAUGGCAAUAAAUGAGCUGCGUGAAAUUAACUGGGUGGGUGCGAUAUCAAUGGCUGGAGUCGAUGGAAACACGGUGAAAAUCCCGGAACCAUCAUCGUACACUGGUCCUCGACCUGUCAAAAUACGCGUCUUGUCGUACUGUCAUCGAGAAAUACUUAGUCCGGCUGGAUCACAGAAUCAACUCCCGUUAUCACCUUAUCUGUUACUGCAUUGUCAUGGUGGCGGUUAUGUUGCAACAACAUCUAAAUCUCAUGAAACUUACUUGCGAUUUUGGGCCAAAUCACUGAACUGUCCCAUAGUAUCGGUGGAAUAUUCGCUGGCGCCAGAGAAUCCAUUUCCGCGUCCAACCGAAGAAGUAUUAUAUGCGUAUGCCUAUAUUAUCAAUAAUGCUCCUCAGCUGGGUUGGAGUGGUGAAAAAAUAUGUAUGGUUGGCGAUUCUGCUGGUGGUAAUCUGAUAAUGUCGGUCAAUCUCAGACUUGUACAGUUGGGACUGAGAAGGAUACCAGAUGGCAUUGUUACCAUCUAUACUCCAUUUCUGUUCCAGUACCUUCCGUCGCCAUCUCGAUUGCUUAGCUGUAUGGACCCGCUUCUUCAUAUGGGAGUAGUGUUGCGAUGUGUUGCCGCAUAUACGGGAAAACCGUCGAGUGAAAGUGUAAAUGGUUUGGCAACGAACGAACAGAAGGAGGCCGAUAAAGCUAGCCAUAAAAGCUUGCAAGAAUAUGUGGAACAAGUACAGAAAGCGCAGAAGGGUGAUCCUGUCGGUUUGGAGGGCUCCUCUUCGAUUGUUUCUUUAGUCAAUUUGGCUGAUAUGGCAACAGCACCAGAAGUUCAUAAUGCAGCUGUACCAGCCAAGUCCGAAAACCGAACGGAAUUGAGUGAUGAUAAUAAUUUGAGUGAAGGAGAGGAGGACGAAAACGAUGCCUACCUGUCCGCUGUUCAGGUGAAAUCAGACCCGUUGCAUAUCCAUCUCUCGUCGAAUAUGUGUGACCGACGACUCGUUGAUUAUUUGAAAGUACAUCCGCUUACCAAAGAUUCUUUAAUUGUUUUGGAUCGCAGCGGUUGUUUGGAACUCUCGGAAGUAAAGGAAGAACUGUCACCUGAAAUAGUUGAGGAAAGCAAGCCAGCUCCUCGUGCGUCGAAACUGGCAGCUUUCAUAUGUUCAUCACUAACAACAAGCCCAAAGGAUUCACCCACAGAACCGAUUAAACCUGUCGAAAGUUCAAUGCGUUCUCGUCUGAUGGUGACUUCUCUGAGUUCGUAUUGCAUCGCCUCCAAGAAUGAUUCGCUGGCGAACAAGCGAACACUGAGUCAGAGUCUUGCGGAUACAGCGGUUAUGGCUGCUGGGCAUGCACUGGAUAACAUUUCUGAUUGGCUGGAAAAGUCAGCACCAGCAGCGGCGGCCGAUAAACAGAAACUCGAUCGCGCCGCUUCUUUGACACCACUUAUGGCCGAGAAAUUCGAAGGAAAUGAGGCUGAAGAAAGUGACGGGAAGUCAUACGUUGCUGAUAUAGUGAAGAGAAAAGUCCCAAGAGAUCCACUGAUAUCGCCGAUGUAUGCAUCGCCAGAAGAUCUCGCUCGCUUGCCUCCGGUUUGGUUCGUGGCCUGUCAUCUGGAUCCGCUUUUGGACGAUACAAUCACAUUUGCCAAAAAAGUGCGCGAUUCUGGUGGCCGAGUGAUGUGUGUUGAUCUCCUGGAUAAUCUUCCGCAUGGUUUUCUCAAUUUCACACUUGUUUCUCCGGAGUGCCGGGAAGGUUCUAAAAUUUGUUUGGGUCGGAUUAAAGAGGCUUUUGACUUUGAUCCGGUUGUACUUGGUGUAUCAAAUAUAAAUAAAUUCAAGAAGCCCGCAAACUCUUUGAAGAGACAGAGAAUAAGGAAAAUUGAUGAAGUUGAUGACUGGGGUCCUAACUUAAGUAAUAACGAAUUUGGUUGGAAGGAUGCGGAGCUGGCAAUGGCAAGGCUCGACAGCAGCUGCAUCGAGAGGCGUGAUUAA